AAGGGCAGCCCACAACCUCCUCAGCUGUCAGAGCAGCGUGAACGGAGGGCACUCGCCUGAGAGUGGGUCCGUCUCUCAGUCCUUCCCUCAACAUGGAGCCAAAGCAGAUCAGGGAGGGGUACCUCGUGAAGAAGGGGAACGUGUUUAACACGUGGAAACCCAUGUGGGUGGUACUGUUAGAAGAUGGAAUUGAGUUCUAUAAGAAGAAAAGUGACAACAGCCCCAAAGGAAUGAUACCCCUGAAAGGAAGCACUGUGACUAGCCCUUGUCAGGACUUUAGCAAAAGGAUGUUGGUAUUUAAGAUCACCAGCACCAAACAGCAGGACCAGUACUUCCAGGCUGCCUACUUGGAAGAGAGAGACGCUUGGGUUCGGGACAUCAAGAAGGCCAUCAAAUGCAUUGAUGGAGGCCAGAAGUUUUCAAGGAAAUCCACAAGGCGGUCCAUUCGUCUGCCAGAAACUGUUGAUUUAGGUGCUUUGUAUUUGUCUAUGAAAGACACUGAAAAAGGAGUGAAAGAAUUGAACAUAGAGAAGGACAAGAAGAUUUUUAAUCACUGCUUCACAGGUAGCUGUGUUGUUGACUGGUUGGUAGGCAACAACUCUGUUCGGAAUCGCCAGGAAGGCCUCAUGAUUGCCUCUUCGCUGCUCAACGAAGGAUACCUGCAGCCUGCUGGGGAUUUGUCCAAGAAUGCAGCAGAUGGAACCGCUGAGAACCCUUUCCUGGACAAUCCUGAUGCUUUCUACUACUUUCCAGACAGUGGAUUCUUCUGUGAAGAGAAUUCCAGUGAUGAUGACGUGAUUCUGAAAGAAGAAUUCAGGGGGGUUAUUAUCAAACAGGGAUGUUUGCUGAAGCAGGGGCAUAGGAGGAAAAACUGGAAAGUGAGAAAGUUCAUCCUGAGAGAAGACCCUGCCUACCUACACUACUACGACCCUGCAGGGGGGGAAGAUCCCCUGGGGGCAAUUCACUUGCGAGGGUGUGUGGUGACUUCAGUGGAGAGCAACCCUGAGGGCAAGAAGAGUGAGGAAGAGAACCUUUUCGAGAUCAUCACAGCUGAUGAAGUUCAUUACUUCCUGCAAGCGGCCAACCCUAAGGAGCGUACUGAGUGGAUCAAAGCCAUCCAGGUGGCCUCACGGACUGGCAAGUGAGGACAACCUGCAGGUCCUCAUCCCCUCCUCGGGGAAGCCUGUGCAUAAGCUCAGUCCUGGGCAUGUCCACUUCUGUGAUGACUCAUCCCGAGGGCUCCCAGGGUGGGAAGUUUCACCUGCAUGUAGCCAGCCACGUGGCACACAGUGUCCGCAUGCCCUGCCUUGCUCACUGCAGACUUUCUGCUCUCUUUGUGUCCCCAAACCUUGUAACAAGUUGCGUGGUCCACAUAGGCUGCUUAGCCCUUUCAGGACUCGAGGCCUCUUCUGGAAAGUGAAGGAGGUCCUGCCUAGCUGAACACCAAAGAAUCCCAUGACCCUAGUACCUAUGCAAGUGAAAGUGUCUCUCAUUGCCCUGCUGGUGUCUUCCUUUGUCUAAGUUUUGGCCUUCAGCUGACCUCAGGUGUGCCACAGUCUGAGACGGCAUCUCCCUUGAAGCUGUUGCCAUUCUAUACCAGGAGCCCUGGGUAUAAGCCUCUUCUGUUCUGUUUAGAUGUCUUGUGUUUGUUACUGGCCAUGGGCUCAUAUAAGAAAAUGGAGGGGGCACAGUCUUCCUAAUUCACUACCCACAGAGACACUUCCUGAAGAACAGUGGUAGUUUUUAGCAUUAUACCUUCUAUUGCUUUGUACUUUUGGGAGAACGACCUCGGAGGUCAGGAGUAGCUGAGGGUUCUUUCCAGGCCAGAAGCAGCCCAAAGCCUGGAGUUAGACAACUGGCUUAUAAGUGCCAACACUGAAAGGGCUCAGAUUUACAGAGCUUGUGGUGGCGACUGUUAACAUUGUCACAAUCAGUGCUCCGGGUCAUGAUCCUGUGUUUGUCUUUGAGUUUAAAGCACAAACAGUAACAGCUCUCAUUCUGCUCCAGACCUCAGAACUAGAGUGACCUGUCCUAGAUAAAAAUGGAAACAUUAAAAAAAAAAAAAAAUGGAAACAUACCAUUUUCUACCCUGGUCACUAGCUAGUGAUGCUUUACAAAAUUGGGAAGGAUAGUAUCUGUAAAGUCAAGAGCAUGUAUGAAGGUAUGUUUUUUUCAACUCUAAAUUGUUAAUUUUUUGGUCCCAUUAAGAAAGGGCAACUAGAAAUUUCUUCCUGAUUUUACCAGCUCCUCUCCUGCCUCCUUUAUCUCCCCUGACCACUUCUAAGGUUGUCCCUAGUCUCAGCUUAUUUUGUCAAUGGCCUGAAGGUAAAGGACUAUCUUUUUCUCUGAUUGUUUAACACAUUUGCUUUAUAGAAUAUGCAUAUUAUUUUUUUUCCACAUUCAAUGUAAACUAUUUAUUAAUAUGGAGUCAACCCCGUGUUUUGAAAUAAAUAUGCCUUUAUUUAGCGUC